AUGAAGUUCUUGUGUUUCUUUGCUACUUUGAUGACUGUAGCUAUCGCAUCAGCGCCGAGGGAAUCAGCAGAGAUCAACAAGCGACUUCUUGGUUUACUAAGUGGAAGCGAUGAGGGUAGACUUGAUGAGAGUGGCAUCGCUGACCUGACUAAAAGUUUACAAGGGAAGACAACUGAACCGGAGAUAUAUGCCGAAUUUAGGAAAUACCCGACGAACAUCCUGUGUAAACGGUGUGAUGCAAUUAAAAAUCGUAAAUAUAAUGCUGCUUGCAAAAAAUACUGCGCCGAACAGAAGACGAAAGCCGAGAAAACAAGCAUGGCGGGCUAA